AUGGACAGGGGAUGGAAACCUAUUGUUGAUGUGUCACGAGCCUGUCCUCGUUGUGGUUCUUCAAAUACCAAAUUUUGUUACUACAACAAUUACAGCUUGUCACAACCUAGGUACUUUUGCAAAGGUUGUAGAAGGUACUGGACUAAAGGUGGGUCCCUCCGGAAUGUUCCGAUCGGCGCAGGUUGCCGGAAGAGCAGACGAUGUAAGUCCAUACGCUCCUUGUCUACAGGUGAUGUGUCCUCUAGGAGUUCAGGUAAUAACAGGGCAAUACUUGAGUCAAGUAGCUCAUAUCCUGGACCUGGUGUCUCAACCAAUAUUAAUCUUGCAGCAGCUUAUGCUAAUUUCCUUAAUCAACCAGAGCCUCAGGCAGAAGUCCCCUUGUUGUUAUAUGAUGGCGAUGAAAAUGCAAGAUAUUUUUCUGGGCUUGACGCAUUUAAUCAGAAGCAUCAGUAUGCAACUGAUCAUCAGUUAAUUACAAGUAUGAACGGCCCGAUGAACAAUUCUCCGUUGCCGCCAUUGCCUAGUGAAGAUGUAGCAACUUCUGAAGAGAUGGUGGGAUCCAGCUUUGAAUUAAUGUUGCCAAAUCAUAUAUUUCAGUCAACAGAUCAAACGGCAAGGAUUGAACAAGAUUCAGAACAGUUGAAUAGAAAUGGGAACCCAUUUAGCAUGCUGAAUCUUGAAGCCAUUUUCAGACAUCAAGUCUUGAUGAGGUUCCCUUUUAUAUCUUAG